AUGAUAAAAAUAAAAUCAUCCAAAUGUAUAACGAAAGCAAAUAAAUGUGGUAAAGGAAAAAAGAGGAGAUUGGAAAUAAACCAAAUAUGUAAUGAGAGCGAAAAAAAAACUGAAGAUAUGGGGAAGAAUAGGUCAACUAAGAAUGGAGAGGAGAGAGAGAAAAAAUCACCGAAUGAAAGAAGUGCAUAUAGUGAAAGGGAAAAUACUAUUAUAGAAAAUUCUGAACUUGCAGGAAAAAUGAAGGCUUCAAAAAUUACCAAACACCAUAAAAGAAAUGAAUCUGUACACUUUUCCAAAAAGAAAGAGAAAAUUUCGUUACAUCAAAAAUUCAGGCAUGAAGAUAAAAAAAAUGUCAACAAAAAAAAAGGAAAUCAAAUAAGUAACGCCUUCCGGAAAAUUGGAAAAUCCUUAGAACAGACACAAGGAAGAACUAUAAGAAGUAAAAAGAACUCCACUUAUGAAAGAAAAAACAAAAACGAAAAUAAAAUUAUAGUUAAUAAUGAAAGAGAAGAAAAUGUAAUGAAUGUAACUAACAACGAUGACAUGAAGAACAGUGGUAACAGCGAAAUGAGUGACAUCAACGGCAGCGAAAUAAAUGAUAGCAACAGCAACGAAAUAAAUGACAUUAACAGUAGCGAAAUAAAUGACAUUAACAGUAGCGAAAUAAAUGACAUUAACAGUAGCGAAAUAAAUGACAUUAACAGUAGCGAAAUAAAUGACAUUAACAGUAGCGAAAUAAAUGACAUUAACAGUAGCGAAAUAAAUGACAUUAACAGUAGCGAAAUAAAUGACAUUAACAGUAGCGAAAUAAAUGACAUUAACAGUAGCGAAAUAAAUGACAUUAACAGUAGCGAAAUAAAUGACAUUAACAGUAGCGAAAUAAAUGACAUUAACAGCAGCGAAAUAAAUGACAUUAACAGUAGCGAAAUAAAUGACAUUAACAGCAGCGAAAUAAAUGACAUUAACAGUAGCGAAAUAAAUGACAUUAACAGUAGCGAAAUAAAUGACAUUAACAGCAGCGAAAUAAAUGACAGCAACAGUGAAAUCUGUAAAAAUUGUGAACCUACCGAGUUGGAAAACACUUAUGAAAGCGACAGUGAGCUGCUCGAGCAAAGCAGUACUUGUAAUAGUAGUUUAACAGUUGUAAGUGUAAACACUGAAGAAGAUAACAACAUCAAUAGUACAUUCAUUGGAAUGUUAGAACGAGUUCAUUAUGGGGAAAUUUUGUGUUUAAGUGAAAAUAACAAUUUGAUGAGUAAUCCUAACAUAAUGGAAACGUUCGAGAUACAUAAAGUUUUUGAUGAUAAUAAUGAUAAUGAUGGGGAUAAAUUAAAUUGCAUGCACCUGAACAGCAAAUUGGAGGAGUCAAAUAUUGAUGAUAAUAAAUCUGGAGAAGAUUGCUUAAUAAAUAAUGAACAAAAUAUAUAUGAGAAUUCAAAUAAAUCCAAACAGGAUAAGGAACACAGUAAAGAAUAUGAAGUAAAAAAAAGGAUCAUACAAAAUGAAAUAUCAAGAAAAAUAUUAUUGUUUCUUCCCUUCUAUAAAAAACGUAUAUUUAUAGAUGCAAUUACAGAGUAUUUUGAAAAGGAAGGAUCAAAAAAUAGAGAAUGUAGAGAUGAUUUGAAGACACAAUGUUAUGACAUUAUUAAGGAAAUACAUAGUUCUAAAACAUCCGAUGGUACACCUUUUAACAACAAUAAUAGAAAUAACGAACUAUUAAAUAAAUAUUUUUGUGAAAAAUUAAAUAAUAAUAAAUAUGAUAUAAAAUUAGAAAUGGAUUACUACGAAUUUGAAUUUUUCUGUAUUUUUUUUUUAACUUAUUUUCGGUUUUUAUUAUAUUUAUCAGGAUUUAUAAAUUCUUCUUUCCUUUACCAUUCUAAUGAAAUACAUUUUAAUUUAUUCGUUCUGAACAGAUAUCAUUACUUUGUUGACCAUUUUUACUUAAACGAUGAUACCUCUCCAUUUACCCAUGAAGAAGCAAAAGAUAUUAUAUGUACAUACAAAAAGUGUAUCAUAUGUGUCUUAGAUUAUCUGGACGCUUUUUACCCUUUCUUACUGCUUAUAUACAACGUUAUUACUUAUGUUCAUAGAAGAUCAAAAAGGAUUACCCAAUAUUUAGAGAGAAAUGAAAUUCUCACUGUAAAAAACAAUAAUCCUGAUAAGAGAUGCUCAGAUGGGAAUUUUUAUCAACCGAACAGCUGUAUACAGAACACGCCACAUAGGGACAAAUAUCCCAUCCAUAUGACUACACAAAUUAUUAACAAAUUCGAUAUAAUCAAAAAAAUAAAUAAAAUUAAAAGGAAGUUCUUUAAACGUAACUACAACAAAUUCAUGUUAAUGAUUACGGAAAAGCUAAGUAACUAUUGGGUUAAUAACUACGCGUAUGAUGAACUGAACGAUGUACAAAUAACAGUCCUAGAUUAUUAUAUAGAAAAAAUGAUUCUAAACAUAAAAAAUAAUAUGUUUAUAAAGUAUAUCAUUUGCUCAAUUGUUCUAAAAUUAAAUUCAAUUUUGUCAAAAUUAGAAAAAAAAUCCUAUUCAAAGGAAGAAGAACAAAUUUGUACAAUAAACAUUUUAACUAUUUCAACACUAUUAAAAUAUGAAUCUUUAAAAAAAAUGAAAAAAAAAGAUAAAUGGUUACUCUUACUUAAACACAAUUAUUUUUACAUUGAAAAAAGCUACUACUUCUUUAAAGAAUUGCACGAAAAGAAAAUUAUUUAUUAUCAAAUACAAAAUUUAUUUAGGUCCAUUCUAAAAUUUAAAAUAAAUAUAGUUCAUAACCCAUUUAUUCAGUAUUUCUAUAUUACAGAUUUUAAGAAUAAAAACAUGGAUAUGAUUUAUGAUUACAUCUAUCGCAUAAAUAGUAAUCAUCAAAAGGAUACUAUAAUAACCUUGUUUAUUUAUAAAAGAUUAAUUUACAAACUUCAUUUUAAUGUCACAUACUAUGGGUUACUGUAUUCGAUUUACAACUCUUUAAAAUUCCUGUUUUUAGAAAAAUCGUAUAUUUAUUUAAUAAAGAACAAUAAUAUAAUGAAAAACAAAUUUAUGUAUUUAUUUAAUACUACUAUUAAAUCUUUAAAUUUUGAAAUAUAUAAAAACGUCGUUAUUCCAACAAAAAACAUAGUUAAAAACUAUUUUUUCAAUUUAGAAAAUACAGUUAUAAAAAAUAUAUUAUUACAUUCAACAAAAAAAUUGACACAAAUGAGAUUUAGAGGGCAUACAUGUACAUAUGUGGAUUUUUCUUGUCAUUAUGAAAAACAACUUAGUGAAGAGUUAUUCAGAUUUCUGCAAAAUGAUAGGACACACAAAGUAGAUAAGUAUUAUUUGGUAAAAGAAAUGGAACAAAUUAUAAAACAAAUAAAAAACAAAUUGUGA